AUGUCUUGGCACCUCUCUAGGACUCCGCUGGUAGCCACUUUGAUCCGUCUGAAACGUCUGCUUGGCGUAGAUUUUGUAUCAGUAACUAACGUCCGCGAGCGAUUAGUGUGGCAAAAAGAAGUGAUAGCACUUUUGGUGUACCAAAUUGCUAUAUCUGCCGAAUCACACGUGCUUCCCGCAAUAUGUUAUUCGACGACGGGUGUCAGACGAAACUCUUACUCAUGGUGUCUACCCGAGGUUACUUGUCAAUUAUGUUCGACCCAAGUGCCCGGUAAAUCUCGCAAAGGAUGCACAUAUGAGGUCAUCAGCAUAAACCAAGUUUUGAAGCUUAAUUUCCAGAAUUCUCCGGGAUGCAAAAAGCUUACAUGGUUUCACUGUACUGGUAGCACGCGAUUUUCUCGUCGUCUGUUUUUUAGCUCCAGUACUGUAUCCGGUACUAGCGAUGCUCUGGUAGUGAUCGACAUGAUUGCACCUAGCUUGAAAAACUCGUUUGCCUUCACCUAA